CCCGCCCGCCGGCCUCUCCCUCCACAACCGUGUACUACGGAUAUUCGUCAUCGAACGGGCACUACAAUAUUCGCUCACUUGUCGAACAUGCUUCUCACUUGAGUUUCCGCGCAGCUGCCAUCGUCAUACUCAACUCUGCGAGAACGCCAGCAAUCACAUGUUGUCGCGUCGCAACGUCAUGGGCCAAGAUCAAGCCGCGACGCCCUCGUCCUUCAGCUCUCGGUCAGUAGCGACGCUGCAGUCAAUCCACACCUGCGCCUUCCGAGAUGGAUGCCCUCUUAGCUAUUCCCCAACAUGCCUACCAGGCGGGAACGCGAAUGCUUCAUGAUGCACCGGAGGUGGCCAACACGAUAGCUCGGAAGAUACUCGGAAGUGGAAGCGUAAUCGCGGACGCCACCGCUUCAACUGCCAAUCUAUCUAUUGCACAUACCGCCAAAUCGCUAGCUGCCAGCACGACUGCAUCAGUAAAGGCCGGAUUCCUACAAAGCGCAUCGAACGCGGCAGUUGGAGAGGAGGCCUCCUCAUCGUUUGUCAUGGGGAUAACACAUGCGAUUGGACGUUUGAAGAACUUUGGAGGAAUCUUUUCAUACUUGACAUCAAGAUGGGCUUUAACAACGUUCGUUGUGGCUAUCCUUCUUAAUCGGACGCAAUUCUACGCCUCGUCUCGUGAACGCCUGCAACUUCGCCGCCCUGUCCUCUUUGCUUUGUACUCGAUCCCAAUCGGCGCCUUCCUGGCGCAGACCUUGAUUAUGUUGCAAGCAUUAAAGUGCCAGACAUCGCCAGACUACCCACUCCUCCGCUAUGGUGAUCCGGCGAAACUCCCGGCCAUUGACUUCGGCGCGGAUGGCGGGUUUCUGUACGCCCUCAGCUCAAAUCUUCUCUUCUGGCAAGACGAUGCCACCUGUUGCGCUGCACGCGGCAUGUCGUUUGAUCCUUCCGACCAAGACCCGGUCGCUCGUCAAGGCUCACUCGCCCUGCUCUACUGGUUCUUCAUCACUCUUUGCAUUGGGCAAUUCUUUGAGACGCUGUCUUGCGCCUUGCAGGGCAGGCAGCCAGUGCCGGAAACCGGGAUGACCAUCUUCGAGCACUCUUUAGCAUUUGCCGAGUGCGAAGCCAUGCUCAGCAACGCCCUAGGUUUUGGCUUCUUCGGGCUUCCAAAGCUUGAAGGCAGCGGUUCCCAGGCGACGCUCGGCGCAACCGCAUUCACGUUGAUGACGCGUGCUGACGUCUUUCAGAGAUUGAACGUUCCACCAGAAGUGCUACUAGUAUGUUUGAUAUCAUGCUUUAGCCAUUUGAGCAGCGCAAUCCUAGCUGUGACCAAGCUUAGAGAUCGGGUGAGGCUCAUCAAUACAGCCAUAUGGGCAACUUGCUAUAUGUCUGCAUUCUUUUGGAGCUUUUCCAAGAUUUUUUCAAUGCCCAGCAAUCACAUCGCCGAGAUUGGCGUCUUACGCUUCCCGACGGUCUGUAUGGUCGGCUUCAUCCCUCACCUACUGAUCCUGGUCGGCAUACUGGUUUGCGCUUUCAUUUACGGCUUGGCCAUGCUUGUCACGGCAUCAUCUAUUCCCGCAACCGCUGUUGAGGGAUUGACGUUCCGCCAGCGUCUGGCCUGGGCAUACAAUAAUCUGCAAGCAAAUGUCCACUUCUCGUCUAACCCGGUCAUCCGGAUAAAGCUUUCUGAGGACUUCUACACCACGCUACUGAAAGUUGGUUUCAACGUGCUUACAGCCGCUAGCGAGGCCGUGUACCUCAAUGAAGGGAGCAGGAUCCAAGUUUCACAAAUGACUUGGCUCGAACAAAAACGCAUCGACCAGAUGGCGUCCAAUAUUGAACAGAGGCAGCGUGCCUUGAUCCCACCCCAACUCCUUGAUGACGGAAUUGCUCGUGGGAUUGGAUAUACAGACCAGCAAAAUGCUGCUUUUAGCCAGUCGCCCUACGCCAGAGAACGAAAAUCUCGUCCUACCAAGCCAAAGGACGAGACUGCAAAUUCUCCUGAUACCGACACAGGUGUAGGUCUGGCGCAACGGAGAAGUAGGAUGCAGUUAACUACUGAUUUCGUCGAGGGAAUCUUUUGGCUGCUCAUCCGCCUGCAGGCCAGACUAAUCUUGUUCGCAUUGCGUAGCCUUGGCAUAGAGUACCGACCUGCGUUGUUGCUUAAAGCCGCAGGCUUAGGGGAAGGGCAGCAGAAUUCAGCACAGCAGCAUUCUGUGGACGCAUUUGAGCCCGGUCUCGAAUUCUAUUUGAUCGAUACCGAUGGCCAGUUCAAUUUGCCAGUUGAUACAAAUGUUGACGUUGAGGAUGAGAUGCGUCAACGUCAGCAUCGAGCCGGCACGUUUCAGGAUGAGGAGAAAUUCAGCGAUAGCAUUUAUCGCUGGUGGCAGCAAGGCGGCUGGUUCGGUGAUAUUGACACGAGUGGUGAAUAUGAAGCGCGCGAACUUGAAGAUGAUGAGACAAGCAUAAUUACAACGAAUGACAGCGAUGUCGAUCCCUGGGAGGAUGAAGACGAAAGGGGGGACGAAGGUCGGCGAACACCAACUCAAGAUCAUCCAUACCCUAGCCGCAGUCGUGAUGGUACACCCGUCCCUGAUGCCGGCAUGGACUUCCGCUCCCUCGCUCGCCUGCUUGAUCCACAGACUGCCGCUGAUCGAGAAGAGGCGCGCCUUCUUGCACAUAGCCUCAACAUGACUCGGCCGUUGACUCGGAAUCAAUAUCAGAGAGAUGUACAACGCAAAAGCACGGAACUAUUGAGUGGAUUGCGGUCCAGCGGUCAACCGCGUUUGCAACCGCUCACCGAAGAAGAGGAAGAGCAUGAUUUGGAAGGGUUCCUUCUUGCUCAGCGAGCAGCUGCAAGAGCGCGGGCGCAGAGAAGUGGAGGCGGCACCUGGGAAAGCGGAGCUGAAGGCAUGGGAGCUGGAGGGCCGCAAUGUGUUGUGUGCCAAUCAACGCCUCGCACCAUUUUGGUCUGGCCGUGCGGCUGCUUGAGCAUGUGUGAUGAAUGUCGAGUGGGUUUAGCUGCCCGCAACUACACCAAAUGUAUUUGCUGUCGGACGGACAUUGCGGCGUAUUCGAGGCUUUAUGUGCCUUAGCAGGUAUUUUUUUACACACGAAAUCAAAUCCGAUCGAGAGCGAGUCUUC